CCUGUGUGUAUUUGCAUUUACGUCAUUAAAAUUACUGUAUUGUUUGAGUAAAAUUAGUCGUGUGUCUCGCGUUUUAAGGUACUGCAUCUGCUGCUGAUACAGUUUUGUUGUGACACUUGCAAUGCGCAUUUUUAAUGGGUAAUAGAUUUACUUAGGGCAAGCCGCCAUUCAAUGGAUUUAUGUGUGACGUCUGUGCUGUAUCUCGGCGCCUUGAUUUACAUUGUCGUGCAGCUGAUUCGUUUCGUCUUCGCGGAUGCUGAUUUCACCUUGCUAUGGGCUGUCGCGUUUGGAAACAAACCGGAGGCUACGCUACGAGGGAAGGUGGUGUGGAUCACUGGGGCCUCCAGUGGUAUCGGGGAGGAGCUGGCCUAUCAACUGGCUAGACUGGGGGCUCGCCUGAUCUUAUCAGCCCGGCGAGAGAAAGAGCUGGAGAGGGUGAAGCACUACUGUUUGUCAUGUAGCCGCUUGCAAGAAGAGGACAUUCUUGUUCUACCUCUUGAUUUACUGGAAAGAGAUUCCCAUCAAGCAAAAAUGAAAACUGCCGUGGAGCACUUUGGGAAUAUUGAUGUCCUGAUCAACAACGGGGGUCGCAGCCAGCGUUCCCUGUUCCUGGACACCAGUUUGGAGGUUUUCCACGGACUGAUGGAUCUCAACUUCCUGGGAACAGUGUCACUUACCAAGCAGGUGCUGCCACACAUGACAGAGCGCGGGACCGGUGCCGUGGUGACCAUCAGCAGUGUGGUGGGUCUGGCAGGGGCACCACUAGCCACCGGGUAUUCUGCAAGUAAACAUGCUCUACAGGGUCUCUUCAACUGCCUGCGCAUAGAGCUGACUGACUACCCUGGGAUCACCAUCAGCACUGUCUGCCCUGGGCCAGUGCAGUCACAAAUCGUCCAUAAUGCGUUCACAGAGCAAAUAGACAAGCCCAUGCCUGUUGUAGGGGACCAGCAGCACAAGAUGGCAACCGCUCGAUGUGCCCGUCUCAUCUUGGUGGGCAUCUCCAAUCGGAUCAAAGAAAUGUGGAUUGCCCAGCAGCCCUUUCUCCUCUUCUACUACCUGUGGCAGUAUACUCCCACCUGGGCUUGGUACAUCACAGACCUUCUGGGCAAAAGGAGAGUGCAGAACUUCAAGGCAGGAAUGGAUGCAGACUCUGCUUACUUUACAAAGUCCAAGGCUCCCUGAAGUGUAUUACAUGAAGACUUGCCAUUUUGCCCAUUCUGUAAAAUGUACCACUCCAACCAGAUCUACUGUACAGAUCUUAGUGCUUUCCUUUUCCUUGGAAUUAAGGUUAGAAUAAAAUAUCUAACAAUUUCAAAGGCUGAUUUCAUGUAACGGUUAAUGGGAUGAGUGAAACAGCAGUCCUGUAAAUCUAAUGGAGGCGACUUGUGUUCCCCUCCUCUACACCAGGCACACAGGGGAAAUGCAGAGGGUAAUGCGGCUCCAAACGGGGGCUCCUAUCGUCCCUCAUGCAGAGUUUGGAUGGGUUUAACGGAAGGGAGAGCACUAAGAGGUUCUGAGUGGGCACAGCCAUAUUCUCUGGUAUUAGUGCCGGAGUGCUUAUUUCGAGAAGCUUUCCAUUUCAAUUCAGCCGGUGUUUGUGUUACGGGUAUGUUUUAAGAGAAUCACCUCACUGAAUGAUUGAUUCCACUCCUUAAAACUGAAAUUAAAAGCACCUUCAUUAAAGAUGAAUUGUGAACAUGCA